AGCUCGAACUCGCAUCUCAAUGCGAACCCGAAUUUCAAAGCGAACCCGAAUCUCAAAGCGAAUGCUACUCCCCUCUCUACAUCGUCUCCCACCUGAGAACCCUCGUCUUCGCGCCAACCCAUGCUUUUCUAUGCUUUCAAAACCCUUUCUCCAGCUUCCUCUCCAAAACCCUCUUCCCUUCUCUUCUCCGAUCUCAUGCUCCCCGUCCUCUCUCCAAUGCCUUCUUCUCACCUCCAUCUCCUCUCCCCCUCCUCCCCCAAACCCCUCUUCCGCUCCUUCUCCUCACUCAGAACUCCAUCUCAGACCCCCACCUCCGUUAACAACUACAACCAUCUCAUCCAGAUGCUUUGCAAGCGCGGAAACCUUAAACAAGCUCUCGAUCUCCUCCCUCAUGAGCCCAGCCCCACCCAGAGGACCUACGAGGCUCUUAUCCUUGCUUGUGUCCAGAGGAACUCCCCAGGCUCUGCUGCUGUUGUCCAUCGCCACCUCUCCGAUGAUGGUUUUGAUCAGGAUCCCUUCAUCUCCACCAAACUCGUUGGUAUGUACUCCCAUUUCAAUGCCCUUGAUGAUGCCCGGAAUGUGUUUGAUAAAACGUCUCAAAAGACUAUUUUUUUAUGGAAUGCUCUUUUGAGAGCUCUUGCUGUUGGCGAUGAAGGUGAAGAAGCUCUGCUGCUUUUUCGGGAUAUGGUUCUUGUUGGGAUUGAGCUUGAUAGCUGUAGUUACUCUUUUGCACUUAAGGCUUGUGUUGCUUUGAGAUCUUGCGAGGUUUCGGCCUUUGAAAGGGUGAGGGAAAUUCAUGGGCAUGCUUUACGGCAUGGGUUCAAUUCUCGGGUUCAUGUUGCGACCACACUUGUUGAUUGCUAUGCGAAGCUUGGAUGUGUUUCUUAUGCUAGGAGGUUGUUUGAUAGAAUGCUUGCCAGGAAUGUGGUUUCUUGGAGUGCCAUGAUCGCUUGUUAUGCGAAGAGUAACAACCCCUUUGAUGCAUUGAAGCUUUUUGAAGAGAUGAUGGUGUUGGAGCCUGACAUUGUGCCUAAUUCAGUUACUAUGGUGAGUGUCCUCCAAGCUUGUGCUGGUUUGGCUGCAUUGGGGCAGGGGAAGAUUGUGCAUGCGUAUGUUCUUCGACGAAGACUUGACUCCAUUUUAUCCGUAGUUAAUGCUCUGAUCACAAUGUAUGUCAAAUGCGGUACUCUUGUGAGCGCACGGCGAGUGUUUGAUGGGAUGAAUGGCCGGAGGGAUGUUGUGUCAUGGAAUUCUAUGAUAUCUGGUUACGGGAUUCAUGGUUUUGGCACAGAAGCGAUUCAGCUUUAUCAGGAAAUGCUUCAUGAUGGAAUUGCACCUAGUACUUUAACAUUUUUGAGCAUCUUGGGUGCUUGCAGCCAUGUCAAGUUUGUGCAACAAGGAAAAACAUUGUUUGAGUCGAUGAUCAAGGAACACGGUAUCACUCCUCGUGCAGAACACUAUGCGUGUAUGGUAGACCUCCUCGGUCGUGCUGGCCAAUUGGAUGAAGCAAUUAAGAUUAUAGAAGAAAUGCGAAUUGAACCAGGUCCCACCGUGUGGGGUUCCCUCCUUGGAGCAUGUAGGAUUCAUGGUCAUGUUGAGCUCGCUGAGAGAGCAUGUUCUCAUCUCUUUGAACUUGAACCAAUGAACGCUGGUAAUUAUGUUCUACUAGCAGAUAUAUAUGCAGGAGCAAAGAUGUGGGAAGAAAUGAUCAAUGUAAAGAAACUUGUAGAAACAAGAGGUCUGCAGAAAGUUCCGGGAUGCAGUUGGAUUGAGGUGAAUAGAAAGAUGUAUUCAUUUGUAUCUGUUGAUUUUAUGGACACGCACACAGAAGAGCUUCAUGCUUUGUUAGUUCAGAUAGUCAGAGAAAUGAAAGGUAAAGGUUAUAUUCCCAACACUGAUGUUGUUCUUUAUGAUCUUGAUCAAGAUGAGAAGGAGCAGAUCUUGUUGGGUCACAGUGAGAAAUUAGCAGUUGCCUUUGGUCUAAUCAAUUGUCGCCGUGGAGAAGUCAUUCGGAUCACCAAGAACCUUAGGCUUUGCGAGGACUGCCAUUCGGUCACGAAAUUCAUAUCAAAGUUUGCCAGAAGGGAGAUAAUUGUUAGGGAUGUGAAUAGAUUCCAUCAUUUCAGGGAUGGAUUUUGUUCAUGUUCAGAUUAUUGGUAAGGUUAUUCAGCAUGGAUUAUUGGAUCAAGAACAUGCUUAUGACUAGAGAAAGGAUGCAGAAACAUGCACAGAUUGGUUGCUGACAUGAAAAAGCUGCUCAUACAAUACUGGGUUCUUUGUCUGUAUGUAUAGUAAUGACAAUGUAUGUAUCAAUGCCCAGAAAUUUUUUAGGCAUAUCUGAUCAGUAAGACAACAUACUUUUGAAAUGAAUCCAUACUAUAUAUAUUUAUACAUAUAAGCCACUGUGAGUCCGAUGCGACGGAAUUAGUCACCUCAGUGCUCAUUAAGGCGAUUGUGCUAGUGGCACACCU